UCCAAACUCAAGCGUAAUCAAGACGCCAGGGAUCGGCCACACUCUUUGUCGAGCAAUAGUACCUCUAAGAAUGCAUCAAGCAUGAGGAGUGGCCCGACUGCACCAGAUAGCUACUCGAGUCGCCAAGAGCCUGGAAGAAAGUCGUUUCUUUCCGUUACGGAUGACGCAGGUCGAAGUCGACUUUCGGCCACAGAAUCUGAAGAUCCUAGGAAAUCGAGCGCGCUUUCCGCACCCGCUGUUACGGGACAACGUGACGUGGACUAUGGCGUUCCGGGUACAUUGCCUGCAGAACCAGAUCGCCAGAAGAGACGCGACAGAGACAAAUCAGCUGGAUGUACAUUGCAAUGAUCACUUUCCUUGUUUCUCUCAGCUGCUUUCCUAAAAGACUUUCAAUCUUCUAAUUAUUCAUCAUCUUUCUCGUUAACUGCAUCCUCACAACGCAAUCACAUCCCUAUGUACCAUACAUUUUCAAUUUCUGCAUGUUGCUGUGGCAUAGCGCACUUAGCAUCCCAAGCAACUGCUUUCUUUUCAAGCUGUCCACAAUCUUUUUUUCAAUGUUUUCGUGGUCAUGAGACGUUGAUUACCACUAUACUUCAUUGCAUAUCUACUUUAUCUCCCGUAAUU